AUACACUGAACAGGUUCAGUUGUAAUAACUAGUUAAUUAAAAAUAAUUUUGAAAACUCUUAUAUUUUGAUAGUGUUAUAUUAAUAGCACCGAAAAAAUUUAAAUCUUCUCGAAUUUGAUUAAAACAUGAAAUCAGGAUUCUAUAGACAUGUAUGCAAAGAUAGCUGGUACAGGGCAGGGUCCCAGGCCGGAGGCAUCCUAACUUCGCAGCUGAAGGCAACCAAUGGCUUGGUGAGUGGGGCGGGUUUGGAGUUGGCGACCCCGCCCCUCAGCGCAGCCGGUCAACUUAAUUCUCAAGAGUUGCAAGGUUUAUUUAUUAAUCCGCACGUCGGCUAUACGCAGCCUGCGGCAGCGGGACAGAAUUUGCAAAUCGUAAAGCGGGAACCCGAGGAUUUAAGUCAUCAUCGAAAAUUGGAUUGUAGUUCACCGAGUUCGGGAAGCAUUGACGGUUCAAUAAUCAUCCCUAAGCUUUCGAGACCUAAGGUCGUGCUGGUGUCCUCCGCCGUUGGUCAGUCCGGUGAUCUGGUAGUAGAUGUCAACUCAAUCAAAGACGAGAGUCAUCACGGACUCACAUCACCACAACACGGUUCCAGAUCCAUAAAUGGGACUCCUACGUCUACACACAGUAGUCUUCUAGCAGACAGUUCAAGUACAGGGCCAAUCGAAUUCAUAUCUGCGAAUGGCCUCAAACCAGCGAUGUAUACAACGCAGAUAUUCGCCUCCAUGAGCAGCGCGCCUCACAGUGGUGGUAGUGGUACACCUUCGCCCAUUCCCUAUACCGACCAUGUUCAAUAUAGUACUCAAAGUUCGUUAGCUGGUGGAAGUAUCAGUGGUAACACUACCAUUUAUUCUUCCACCGGUAGACCGAGUAGUUCAACGACGUUUUCUGCGACUGAUCCUUAUUACCGUGAAUACUUCACUGUAGCAUCUGGAGCAGGAACUCCGGAACCAAUUUAUUCUACUCAACUGCGAAAUAACCAAUUAGCGUACGCAGAUGAGGCAGCUACUGGUGGGACAACAGCAAGUUUUGUCGAAAGAUAUGUUCGUCAAUCGACUUAUCAUGGAAAAGGUGUCAUAGCUGCCGCCGGUCUCACCGUUGAUCUCCCAAGUCCGGAUAGUGGAAUAGGCGCAGAUGCCAUCACGCCACGUGAUCAGAAUACGCUGCAGCAGUCAUUUGAUUAUGCUGAAUUGUGCCAGACCAAUUCUUCCUUGUUGGAUCCUCUUUCGUUAUCUCAACGAAGCAAUAGCAGUGCCCAGUCUCCAGGGAAUCAAACGACUAGUAGGAGCCGCCCAUGGCAUGAUUUUGGCAGACAAAAUGAUGCUGAUAAAAUACAAAUUCCUAAAAUAUUCUCUCCCGUCGGUUUUAAGUACCAUCUAGAGACGCCAAUAUCCACGUCGCAAAGACGGGAAGACGAUAGGAUUACUUACAUAAAUAAAGGGCAAUUCUAUGGAAUUACACUGGAAUAUCUACCUGAUCCUGAUAAACAGCUCAAAUCCCAGACGGUCAAAAGCAUUGUUAUGUUGAUGUUUCGAGAAGAAAAAAGCCCCGAAGACGAAAUUAAGGCCUGGCAAUUUUGGCAUGGUCGGCAGCAUUCGGUGAAACAAAGAAUACUAGAUGCAGACACCAAGAAUAGCGUAGGCUUAGUUGGUUGCAUUGAAGAAAUUGCUCAUAAUGCGAUAGCCAUAUAUUGGAACCCUCUGGAAAGCCCAGCAAAGAUUAAUAUCGCCGUCCAAUGCUUAAGCACAGACUUCAGCAGUCAGAAGGGAGUAAAAGGAUUACCGCUCCAUUUACAAAUAGACACAUAUGAAGACCCCAGGGAUUCGCAAAUCUUCCAUAGGGGUUAUUGCCAAAUAAAAGUUUUCUGUGAUAAGGGCGCAGAGCGGAAGACAAGAGAUGAAGAACGAAGAGCUGCUAAACGUAAAAUGACAGCAACAGGGCGGAAAAAGCUUGAUGAACUAUAUCAUCCUAUGUCUGAGCGAUCAGAAUUCUAUACAAUGAGUGAUCUCACCAAGCCUCCUGUGUUAUUCUCGCCAGCAGAAGACAUUGACAAGCUAACGUCAAUGGAACUGCAGGGGUUUUACUCUCAGGAAGAUGGUUCUCUUAGCGGUCCAGUAGAUCACGUGAAGACUGGAUCUCCGUUUCUUCUACACCCUGCUUCGAAACCUCCCAUAACUCCUACUCUAAAAUUUCACAACCAUUUCCCCCCUGACGCUGACAAAAAGGAAACUAUGUUAGAUAGUAGUUUAUCCUCAGAGGGCAACGUCUUCUCCCCUCCAAUAAAAAGGACAAAGUUAAUGGCCGGACCAGGCUCAGGACCUCCCCCUUUGAGCGAGAGAGUUAUGUUAUAUGUACGUCAAGAAAAUGAAGAUGUUUAUACACCGUUACAUGUAGUUCCUCCUACCACAGCAGGACUUCUAAACGCAAUUGAGAAUAAGUACAAAAUAAGCCCUUCGAAUAUUAUUAACUUGUAUCGCAAAAACAGAAAAGGAAUUAUAGCCAAGAUUGAUGAUGAUAUGGUCGCCUACUACUGCAACGAGGAUUAUUUUUUAAUGGAACUGAAGGCAGUAGAUGAAGAUCUAUAUGACUUAACGCUCGUGGAACUGAUGAACCACUAACCGCCAUUGAUAUUAUAAUCAGAUUUUGUUGUGAUUUGUUUUUUAAACAAUGUAUUUUUAAGAACGAUGUUGAUCAAAACUUUAUUAUUUGUUUAUAGUGUCUAGCAUGUUGUUUUUACAAGGAUUUUUCUUUCAUUUUAUAAUCAAACUAAGUUUUUGUUAGUUUUUGUUUUUAUGUUAUUAGGGCGUGAUUGCGUUCAUAUUUAUAAAAUAUUAAUGUGAUCAUAAAGAUCCAAUGUAACUCUAAUGUUAUCAGGUUUUAAUACAUGGUGGCAAUGUUUUUGUUUCUGAGAAUUUAAAUACGUUUAUUAAGAAUUAGCAUUUAGGGUUUACAUCGAUGUAUGUAUAUGACGUGUCACAACGUGCUGCGACUAUGUCCAUACGAACUCAUUAAUACAUUGUAAAUCAAGCAUGGU